UAGGUGAUCCAAUCCGAUGUAUAUCGUGUUUUUAUUCUUUUAAACUAAUUUGGUUAAUAAGUCGAUCAGGAAAUGAAAGAGAGAAAUUUGGAAGCUCAAACAUAAGUUUUUGAAAAGUCGAAAACCAAGAAAUUGCGGAGUUGAGAUAAGCAGCAGCUUCAGCAUGGAUGCAGAUGCAGCACUCGAUGGUGGUAAUGGGUUGAUGGAAGCAUCGGUACCAGGGGACGUAACGACAGGUGAAGCUGAGAGAAAUGAAGAACCUUAUGUUGGUAUGGUGUUCGAAACAGAAGCUGCUGCUAGAGCAUACUACAAUGAAUAUGCUGGCCGAGCAGGAUUUUUGACCCGCAUUAUAUCGUCCAGUAAAUCAGAGGGGGAUGGCUCAUUCGUAUCACGUGGGUUUGGUUGUAGAAACGUUCCUACUAACCAAAAGACAGGUAAUAUGUCAAAUGAAGGUGGACAAAAACGAAGGGGUGGUUGUACUGCAACACUCUUAGUAAAACGAGAGAAUGGAGGGAGGUGGGUUGUCAAGAAAUUCGUGCGAGACCACAACCAUCCUUUGGUAGUUUCACUUCCCAGGAGAUGCCCUACUUUUGAUGAGAAAGACAAAAGGAUUCAGGAGUUAACUGCUGAAAUAAGGGUAAAGAAACGUCUGAGUGCAGCAUAUAGGGAGCAGCUACUUAUUCUCAUGAAAGAUGUUGAAAGUCAUACUGAUCAUCUAACAUCAAAGGUUCAAAUGACCCGUAAUAAUCUUAAAGAACUCGAAGAAAGAAGGCAGCAUCUUUCAAACCACAACAAGCCAAGUUUGUAGGCCAGGUUUAACCAUCUCUUGGAGCAAUGCUUAAUCAAUAUUGUGAAAGAUGCAGAAAAAGCGGUGGCACGCCAGCUUGUAGACGCAUAUAGUUAACCUGAAGGAAGAAACUGUUGAAGCUGCUGAGCAAUCAAAAGGCAUCUUGAGUUGGAGAAUUUUAGUGGAAGUCCAAAUUAUUUUGCAUUUCUACUGAGAGAUGGCUUUUAUGUGCAACAAGUCUUGAGAUUGUUUGCCAAGAUGUACAAAUAAUAUUAUAGUGGGUUGUUGGCAUGUUCUUCCGAGACCUAUGCUUGGUGAGGAGGAGAUCGAAUGUGAAAUGAUUUAUGGAUUGAACAGGAACUGCUAUGUCCUGUAGCUAUAUUCUGAAAAAACCAACAGCUAUGGGGAGGCUGUGCCUCUACAUGUCUCAUACCAUCUGCGCCAUUUAGGUGAGAUUCAAUGAAUUUCACUUUCUUUUUCAUUAUUCUACACCUGCUCACCUUAUUCAUCUCAUCUUAUGGUGUACAGUAUAUAUGUAGAUGGUAUUUAUUGAAUAUUUAUACUGGAUUGCCCUUUUUUGUAUGAGAUUAAUUUUUGUCGAUGGAAAUAGAAAGUAAAAUUUUAUACUCCUAAGAUGGAUGUGAGUUGAAGUAUAACUCUUCACAGUUUCACAAAAGUUAAGAUGAUUUGGCGUUUGAAAUUUAUUAUUUUUGAGAGCUUGCAUUGGAAUGACCGAAAAUCGAAAUCCAUAACGGCAAAUUUUGGAGUAACGGAAAGUUAUGAUUUGUUUGUAUUUAGAGUGACAUACAAAAGCAGUCAACAUAUAAAUUAAACAGUCUGCUAACCUCAGUGUUUCUCCUAUAAACAAGGCAUAUAAAUUUUGUACUUUUGGAGUAACUUUUAUUUAUUCUAUUAUUAUAUUUUACCUCUUCUGUUCUAAUUCCAUAGAAUCUCCUGUGAAAUAUUCCUUCUCUAAAGAAUUUAAAAUAUUAGUACUGCAAUUUUGUCCUCUUUGCACCAAUUUCCUGUGUCUCCUAACAGGUACUCAUAAUACUCUAAUUAUUAUAACUUUUACUUUACAAACACAAUUAAAAUUAAAAGAGUCUCAUUUUAGUGUACGAUAAGAAUUAUAAAUAAAUUCCAAAGGCAAGGUAAUGAAUUUAUUGAAUCCUUUUAUAUAUAAAAGCAUUAUAUUGAAGAGGGGAUUACAUAAAUCAGAAAGAGUAAUUAGUUUGGAAGGGAGUGGGUCUCUUACUCAAUGGCUUAACAGCUCUCUCAUCAUCACUUUGAGUCUCAUCAUCUUCUCCGUCAAAAGCCGGGUGGCUGAGAAUGCAGCUGAGCAGCUGCGUCCCUCGCAGCGCAUUCGUCAGCGGCAGAUGCCCCUCCGGCGGCCCCUCCUCCAUCUCCCACGUAAACUCCGCCGGAAAGCUCCUGUAAUUGUACUGCUCCACCUCCGAGCUCUCCAGCUUCUUCAUCCACCCAACCUUGAUGAACAACGACGUGAAAUCUCUAUUCAAUUUCUUCCAAAUCCUCCGCUGCACGCUGUACCCGAACUUCCCCUCGCUGUGCUGCCGCCACAGGGAGUCAAUUUCCCGGAGCGCCUCCGCGGGGAUGAACUGGACCUCUGAGAAGAACACGUAGCCGCGCUUCACGGCGGCCUCGCCGGCGAGGGCGAUGAUCAGGCGCCGGGUCUCCUCGUCGGCCUGCCGGAGGUCUUUUCCGCCGAGGUGCUGCCGGAGGAGGUCUAGUGAGGUUGAGUAUUUUGAGGUGGAGGGGUCGGUGGUGGGGGUGGAGGUGGCGGCGGAGGUGGCGGCGAAGGAUGUCCAGGAGUGGGAGAGCGAGGUGGUGGCGGUGGUGGUGGUGCGGCGGAGGAAUAAGGUUGCGCGGGGGGAGUCUAGGGAGUGGCGCCGCCGGAGAGAGCGGUGGUAGUGGUGGUGUAUGGAGUUUAAGGUGUUGGUGGACAUUAUUUUAUUUUUG